AUGCUUCCACUACUCAAUGGUGCUGGGAUGAGACGGAGUAGCUGUGGAACGCUGCACGGUUGUUGGUCAGUACCUAAUGAAUGCAAUAGUAAUGAAUGCACCGCAAAUUUGCGAUGGUCCGUAAGUGGUCGUGGGUCGUUUCUUCGCUUACGUCUGGAAGCACUUCUUCGAGAUCUGCCAUCUUACGCAAUGUACAUUGCAUUGGGGUUCUCAAAUGAUCAACUUAUGGGUGAUGAUACAGUAAUAGAAUGUGUUUACAAUGGUGUUGAUGAGGGAAAAGCAUAUGUAUCCUAUAAUGAUGGCAAUUAUAAUGUUCGGUUGCAUGAGGCUUCAGCUAUUCUCAUUGUAAAUUCCAGUUUUAUUGUAAACGAUGAUACUUUCACUUGCUUACUUAAUGUCGACUUCAAACAGCUUUAUCGGUUGUCUGAUGAUGAACAGUUGAAAAAGAUGCAUUCAUUGUCGGAUGGUUCACUUUAUCCAUGGAUAACAACAACAAUGAUUAGUAUGUUACGGAAUAAAGAUGGAAAAUAUGAAAAUGUUAAAAAUGCUCGACAAGUUAAAUGGUUUUCACGUACUACCACGCAUGCGAUGGUAACUUUACACGUAAUCCUAAUGAUUUGGAGCUGGUGGUUUCUCUUAUCAAAUGCAAUAUUAUUAUCACGACAUUUUAAAACACUUUGGGCUACUAUACAAAUUGCUGAUAUGCCUAUUUGGUUUCAAGUAUAUAUUAGUUAA